GGGGUUUCCCGGCAUGGAAAUUCCAACUUUGUCUUGCCCACCUCACCCCUUCCCCACAGCCAACCCCUCCUUCACUGUAUAUAAAAAGAAAGAGAUAGAGUUUCCUCACACUGCUUUCCUUCUCGGAGCCAAUACUUCCAAAAGCCUCGGCUUUCACUUCAGAAGGAGCAGCAUCAAGGUUUUGAGACUGGUUUCCUUUUCCCUCUCGAUAUCAGUUUAAGACGAAAGGCAGCCAAAUGUCAAGAGGAACUUCGUCAGCGUUGACGGCGCUUUUACUUAUGACUGUCCUAACUUGUGAGUUGUGUGCUUUGCUUUGGUAUUUUUCAGGAGGCGGGAAUUCUGUGCUUUUAGAGAUAUACUAACAUUGCUAUCUGUUAAGUUUCGGCUUUGCCUACCCACCGUGCCCUUCACUUCAGAAAAUAAACAUACAGUUGUAGUUUGUUUGAUGUGAGGCAUGUUUUUAAAAAUUGCAUGCUCAGUCUAGUAGUAUGAGACACUUAAACUGUUACCUUAUAAAUGAAUGGUUUCAGGAAAAUAGCAUCACCUGUGCAAAGAAGAAAUUUCAAUGAUAAAUCUAAAUUAUUUAGGUGCAGAAGAAGCCCCUUAAUAAGGGGGUAGUCCUAAUCCUUAUUUGGGAGUACAAUCUGCAGUGGAACUUAUUUCUGAGUAGGGAUGGAUCAGUCCAUUUUGGUUAUCCCUGUUUAUCAUUUUUCCAGUUAUCCACAUUUUGCAUUUUAGUGUGAAUUUCUGUUUUAACUAACAUAUGCAUUGUUGCAAGCAAUUAAGUUCUUUUCACCAAUAUAUUAAUUAUUAUGCACACUUUCCCACAAAAUAUUCAUUUUUUUGUUCGGUGAACUGUAUUGCAAAAUUCAAGUAAGUGUGAAUUUUGAAGGAGAGCUGCAUGCAUUUUUGUUUUGGAAAGCGUGAAUUUGCUUCAGCUUUAAAUGUGAACGAAACAAAAUUUCUCCUCCAUCCCUGCUCCUGAGAAUUAGUGACUUCAUGCAUAAGAUUGUGCUGACAGUCUGAUCCUGCCUGUGUUUACUCAUAAAUAGCAUAAAUUCUUUCCCCUGAAUUCAGUAAGACUUACUUGAAGUAGGUAGCCAUGUCUGUUAAAAAUGUCUACUCAGAAGUAAGUCCUAUUGAAUUGAAUUAAGAAUGUCUACUCAGUAGUAAGUCCUAUUGAAAGUGGGGUUAGGAUUGUAGCCUAAAUAUUGCUGAGUUCAAUGGGGCAUAUUCCCAGCCAGGUAAUUUUACAUUGGAAUUCCUGCCCAAGUACUUAUGAACAGAUCAUGCAAUUUUAGAAAUGCUGUUACAGUUGUAUGCAAAAUCAAUCUGUGUAUUAAACAGGUCAAGUGAAAUGAAUUAAACAAGGCCUUUGGGGCAAUAAUUCACCUGCUGUCGGCUGUUCAGUUCAGUUGGUGGCAGAUGGAUCUUAGGUCGCCAGCAAGCAUAAACUUGUAUAGGUUUAUAAACUGUCACAACUGUAGAUUUAGCCCCAGACAUCUGAAACUCAGUACAGUAUUUGCUUAGACAGUUGUGUGUCCUUGCUUGGCAGAAUGUGCCAUUGAAUUCAAUGGGGUGUGGACUGGAGAUGACUUGUUGAGAACAGACAAUCUGACGGAUUUAGAUAUUGCCUAUAUGGUGGGGGAUGCCAUUAGAGGAAAAUAUAAAGCCUAACUGAAUUAAAGAGAUUGACCCUGUUUCUUUCCCUCUUUUUUCAGCUAAAGCUUUUGAGGUGGAGGACAUUGUGCCCGGCCACCAAGUUGCCGCACAGAUCGGUGAAGACCUGAAGCUAUGGUGCAACACAACUGGCUGUGAUCGCCCCACUUUUUCCUGGAGGACCCAACUUGACUUCCCGUUAGGUGCAAAUGUGAGCAAAUGGGGAGGAAGCAGCUCAGUCUUAACGAUGAAGGUUGGCUUUGAAAACGAGCACGAAUAUCUCUGCAACACUAGAUGCGGGGAGGUCAGGAAACAAAAGAGGGUGCAAAUUGACAUUUACUGUAAGUAGUAUUCCUGCACAACCCUCUGAAACAAUCACAUUUCAACCUACUAAUAACUAUAAUCCUUGGCGCCGGUUUGUUCUCUCUGUUUUAGUUGCACCUUGCUUUUUUCACAGUCUAGAUGCAGGAUUUUACAUGUUCAUUGUUCCACGUGCGUCUCAUUUGAUCUGUGCUCGUUUCUGGAUUUGUUUGUUUUGCUCAAGACAACCCAGAUUACAGAGAAAGGUUGCACACCAGUUUAUACAGUGUGAAUAAAUUGAGUAGCAUUCUCCUGGGGUGAGGGGCCUGCACCCCCUCCUCAAAAAAGUUCAGUUAAGCAAUUUUGGACCCACCACUGAAUAUGAAGUCGUUUUUAGAGGCAUGAAAUGUCUUUUAUUAGUUUUGGCUGAUCUACGACCUGCAGCCCUAUCUGGACACAAAGAGCCUUGCUACCAUUAUAGCUCAGCUGGUUAGUGUGUGGUGCUGAUAAUGGCAAGGUUGCAGGUUCAAACCCCAUAUGAGACAGCUGCAUGUUCCUGCAUUGCAGGGGGUUGGACCAGAUGAUGCUCAGGAUCCCUUCCAAUUCUACAGUUCUAUGAUCCUUGCUCUAAUAACCUCCCACUUCCAACACUGCAAUGAUUUAUAUGUGAGGUUGCCCAUUAGAUGGCCCUGAGUUCUAGUAUUGUGAGAGAGAAAGAAAAAACUUCCCAUUACCUGCUUUCUCUGCAGCGUGCAUUAACAUACUGAAUAGGCUGUGUUGAACAAAAUCUCCAUGGAAAUCCUUCUUAAGCCUCAUUGAAGUGAGCAGGAGGUCAAGCUCUUGAAGAGUUUCCAAUUGAAUAUUGUCAGUGAGGGGGGACGAUUCCCCAGUACAAUGGUACCUUGGUACUCGAAUGGCUUGGUUCCUGAAUGCCGAAAACCCAAGAAGUAAGUGUUCCGGUUUGCAAACUUUUUCGGAAGCCGAACAUCCUGCAGCCAAUCAGAAGCCAUGCCUUGGUUUUCGAAUGGUUUCAGGUGUCGAACAGACUCCCGGAACGGAUUAAGUUCAAGAACCAAGGUCCCACUGUACAGAUGGAGCCAUUAUAAUUUAAAACACAUUGUAGAAAUCUUCCGUGUUGCUUUCUAAAUACACGGAAGCAAGUGGGUCCUUCAUAUUUUGAUGCAGCUGAAUGAGUACCGGUACUUGUUCAACAAACAUGCAGAAUUUGGAAAGUUCUUUCUGUCAGGGAAGAAUUCGCAUAUGAAAACCCCCUCACUGCUGCUUCAGUUUUCCUUCAGCCGUGAUAGGUCUUAACUUGAGAAGUAGAUCAUACUCAAAACACCAGAAACCUGAAUCUAGGGUGUGUGCACAACAUGCAGACAUUCCACUUUGAGCCCCUCUCGAGUAACCUUUUCUCCUUCUGUGUCCUAUUUCUAGCAUUCCCCAGUGAUCCUGUUAUAGAGAUCAGCCAGCCGCUUAUUCUGGGUGAACCAGCCACUAUCACCUGCCGUGUUCCUAAAGUGUAUCCCGCUGAUCGGCUGGAGAUCUACUUGGAGAUAGAAGGGGAGGUUCGUCGGAUGACAGAGUUUUCCCGAGAACCCCUUAUCAAAUCUGUCGAGACGAAAAGUGCGAGCAUGACGUUUACUCCCAGUGAAGAAGAUAAUGGGAAAGAAGUCACAUGCAGAGCUGAACUGCCAAUUGAUGAGAUGGAGUUUGAGCCCAAGGCGAGGAAAACAACACAAAUACUGCAGGUUAACUGUAAGUAAAUUGAGACAAUUGGUCUUCAGGGAUACAUUAUAUGUACAGGAGAGAAUCAAGACCUAGGGUGCAGCACUGAUUAAUUAUCCCAUCAUCAUCAUCAUCAGUGUGGAUGUGACUUAGUUUUCAUUUUUACACACUGUAAAGGUAAAGGUAAAGGUACCCCUGACCAUUAGGCCCAGUCACAGAUGACUCUGGGGUUGCACUCUCAUCUCGCUCUAUAGACUUUGGGAGCCAGCGUUUGUCUGCAGACAGCUUCCGGGUCAUGUGGCCAGCAUGACUAAGCCACUUCUGGCAAACCAGAGCAGUGCACGGAAAUGCCGUUUAUCUUCCCGCCAGAGCAGUACCCAUUUAUCUACUUGCACCUUGACGUGGUUUCGAGCUGCUAGGAGCUGGGACCGAACAACGGCAGCUCACCCCGUUGCGGGGAUUCAAACCGCCGACCUUCUGAUCAGCAAGCCCUAGGCUCUGUGGUUUAGACCACAACACCACCCGUGUCCACUGUAGUGUGUGACAAAUUUAGUGACACAGGGGAACAACCUUGCUGAAAAAAGGCCUGUUGGGUUAAUAAUACAGUGGUACCUCGGGUUACAAACACUUUGGGUUACAGACUCCACUAUCCUGGAAGUAGUUAAGAACUUUACCUCAGGAUGAGAACAGAAAUCGCGUGUCAGCAGCAGAGCAGCAGCGGGAGGCCCCAUUAGCUAAAGUGGUACCUCAGGUUAAGAAUGGUUUCAGGUUAAGAACGGACCUCCAGAACGAAUUAAGUUCGUAACCAGAGGUAUGACUGUAAUAAUAGAUCUAUCCCAUUUUGGCUCUUGAUUUGGCCGUUGUUUAAUGUAAACCACUUGCUGGUUUUUACUACAAUUAAGCAAUGAGUACAUUUUGAUAAGUAAAGAAAAUAAAUAAACCAUAUGGAAGCAAUAAUACAUACGGAUCAAUUUCCUCUGAGAGACACUAAUGCUUUGUGACACACGAAGUAGAUCUUUUGGCAUUGGCUGCAAAAGGAAAAUUAAAACUGGAAAGAGUUAGAUGAUAUUGCUAUGAUCUAUUUUGGAGAUGCAGAAAUUUAAUCUGAUUUUUCUUUCCUCUAUAUUAUUGGUGUUGGUUGUAUUGUUGCUAUGUUUGAAUUUUGUACACUAUAAUGUAAUGGUCAGAGCUUUUGGCUAGCACAAUAAACUUACUGAACUGAAUGAAAACAUUUAACAACGUACACUAAUGACAGGUUUGCAACGUGGUUGUUUCUCCUCUCGUAGAUGCCCCCAGACUUCCAGACUUCUCCAUCCUUCCUGCUGGGUCAGUUAAGGAAGGAGAAAGUGUUACUUUGCAGUGCUUUGCAAAGGGCAACCCUGCUGCCAAGGUCACCAUAAGGAGGAAAUCAGCCAGUGAAAAAGUGGUCCUUGAUAGCAAGGAUGGAGUCGUCCACAUCCCUAGAGUGACUCCUGAUGAUGUAGGAGACUACGAGUGUGAAGCAGAGAAUGAGUUUGGGAAAGUCAAAAGGGCAGAAACACUAAGUGUGGAAUGUAAGUUUGAAUAAAUAAGCAAUACUUAGCAUCUAUUUUAUUUAUUUGUUAUUUACUCAAUGAAUUUAUAUGCUGCCUUUCUGCUGAGGCACCCAAACUGAGUUUUAGAGCUCUCCAGUUUUGCGAUUCGCCUAUUGACUCUCUGGCAGAUAAAAAUAAAAACACAAACGAACACAAACAGCCCUCUCCCCAAGUCCUCUCUUCCUUCUUACAGGGCAGAUGGUGUCUGUUGGCCCUGGAAGAGGGUGCACUUUGUAUCUCUGCCUGCCCCACUCUCUGCCUUCUCACAGUGCAGAACGGUGUCGGUAUUACAUCUCUGAGUGCCCUUGCCCUGUAAGACAGGUCAAGACUGACCAAGGGCCCGUCUUCUUGCCUUCAGAUGUGUUUAGCAGAAGACCUUCGUGUUCUGGAAAGCGCUGAUGUUAGCAUAAGCUGCUUCGUGAAAGCUUUUGCUUUGAAGAGUGUGGUAUAAAUAACUGAAAUAGAUAAAUGAAAAAACAAAUCUCCAUAUUCCAGCUGUGGGGCUAAGGUUGUGAGGUUUGUCUUAAGACCAGCCAGGGUAUCUGCAGAACACACCUCACAUCUUUAGCCAAGGCUUGGAUAAAGUGCAUCCUUUUUGCAUUUUGUUUUCUAGAUGGACCAAGGAAUACAAGGAUUGUCGCUGUGCCUUCUAGCACAGUGAAGGAAGGAGACACUGUAACUCUGACUUGUUCCACCUAUGGGAGUCCCACCCCAAAGGUUUUCUGGAAAAAGCAGCUUUUGAACGGAGGCUCUCGGCUCAUUUUGGAAGCUGCUACUUUAACCAUAAAAGCCGUACAGGCAGAAGCUAUGGGACUUUAUGAGUGUGAAGCAGUUAACGUGGCUGGGAAAGAAAGCACGACUGUGGAAAUAAUUGUUCAAGGUAAAUAAAGGUUUACAGCGAAACAUGUUCAGCUUUUAUUUCUAGGGCCAGAUUGUGUGCUCUUCACUUUUGGUUAAGGGCAGAGAUGAAAUUAACUUGCCUGCUAAAUCCUUCUCUUCAGUUUUUAAUGCUGGAAUACUCUCCAGCUCUGAAUGCUCAAAUGUUUGCCAAAUAUCUGAAAAGUUGAGAUUUGUAUGUGAUUCUUGAUUUCAACAUUUGACAGUAUUUGCACAGUGUAACUCAACCUUUUUAUCUGGAUUGCUUAUGAAUGCCACUAAAUAUAUCCCCCUUUUUCUUCAGUCUUGUCACCGUCUACUCCAGAAAUGUCACAUUCUACUCCAGAAUUGUCACCAACUGCUUCAGAAUUGUCACCCUCCACUCCAGAAUUGUCACCCUCCACUCCAGCAUUAACAGAUCAAACUGAAACUGUUACUGAGGUGGAAGAUUUCACUAUUAAGAGCACAACCUAUAAUACUCAACAUCAAGUGACUGACAGCAAAGGGGAUGAUCCGGAAAAGGAAACUUCCCUCACCACAAAUGGAAAAAUCUUUACAACGUAUACAGCAUCCAGAAACAAUACAAUCACGUACGCAGUGAAAGUUGAUGAUGUUGGAAACAGUACAGAAGAGGACAAAAUAGUCAAAGGUAAGUAAUUCACUGCCCCUCCCCAACUAUUGUAUCGUCACACCAGAGAUGUGGCAAUCAUGGGAGUUGUAGUCAAUCAAUACCUGAGUUAGCCAGAGAGCUAACUACAGUCAUACCUCGGGUUGAAGUAGCUUCGGGAUGAAUAUUUUUGGGUUGCGCUCCACGGUGACCCAGAAGUAACGGAGCGUGUUACUUCUGGGUUUCGCCGCUUGCACAUGCGCAGACGCUCAAAAUGACGUUACAUGCAUGCGCGGAAGCGGCGAAACGCGAUCCGCGCAUGUGCAGUUGCGUGUUACGUUCGCUUCAGGAUGUGAAUGGGGCUCCGGAACGGAUCUCGUUCGCAUCCAAAAGUACCACUGUCCUUAGUUGCAGUAUAAGCUCUAGGUGGUUUACAAGAAAUAUUAGAAUCCUCAAUAAAAAUAGAUUAAAACUAAUAAUAAAAAUAAAAAUGAAGCAUGAUACCCGAACAACAUCCAAGUGUCGGGAUGUGCUCGUCUGAACAAAAAAUGUUUUGAAGACAUGCCGAAAAGAGUACAGCAAAACUGACAAAGAAGUUAAACCAUGGGAAAUAAUUUAAGGGAGGAAAAACAGAAAUACCAUGUCUUCGGCAACAGUUUGGGUGUUUUAUUAUGUCUCUUUACUCAAGAAGAUCUAGCAGUGGAAGAAACUGUCCAUUUUGGUUCUCUCCGUUUCUCCAGUUUUCAGUCUUAAAUUCAGUUCUCCACAUUUUGCAGCAAUUUGUGUGUUUGUGCUUUUUAAAAGAAAUCCACAAGAAAAUUCAUCACCAUUUUAGCAUGAAUUUCUCUUAGCAAACACUUUUUUGCUUGAACUUUUAAUGUGCACAUUUUUGCAAGCAAUUUGCAUUUUUGUAUGUUAUUUUUACUAAUACCUUCAUUUCUAUGCACACUUUUGACCUAGCCUAUCCAUUUUUGUCAAUAUUAUUUACAUCACAAUAUUCGGAUAGGUGUGGAUUUUGAAGGAUUCAUAUUGAACAUAUUGUUUCAGAAAGUGCAAAUUUUGUGGAUUUGACUUAUAAAGGUGUACCAAAUUGAAUUUUUCCUCCAUCCCUAACAAUGAUGCAAACAAUUGAGUUGGAGGAGGGAGCAAGAGUGAUGUUAAAUUCAGAAGGGAAGGGAAUUAUUUUGUUAGGACAGAGCUAGCCAACAUGGAACACUUUGCAUGAUGUUGGACUACAACUCCCAUCAGCCAAAGCAAGCGUGACUAAAGGUCAGGGAUGAUGGGAGUUGUAGUCCAACAUCAUCUGUAGGGCAGUACAUUGGCUACUCUGUGUGAAGAUGUAUUGUCUUUAAGGUAGCACUACUGAUAUAAUAACUCAACUUCACUCAACUUCUUUAUCUUCCCCCCGAUUUCUGCAGAGAGAAUAGAAGAGCCAGAUUACGUGACUCCUGUGAUCAUUGCUGUUUCUUCAUUAGCAACGGCGGCUGGGCCCAUGGCAGCCCUAUUGAUUUACAUUUUUCGAAAGGCGAAAAUCAACAGAUCCUACAGCCUGGUGAACUCCCUGAAACCAAAAGUAUAAACAGAGCAAGAGCAACCACAUGUUUUCUGUAAGAUUAAAAGGCGGAUAAUGUCGUGCAUUGCUUUGAUGAACUUCCUCAUCAUAACUCAAUGUGAUAAACCAAAAAUACGCACUUUCGUGAGAAUCACCGUGGUGUAGUUGUUAAGUGUGUUGGGCUAGGACUGGGGAGACCCAGGUUUGUCCCUACGCAGCCGUUAAUCUUGCUGGGCUCCCUGGGGUCAGUCACUCUCUCAAGCUAACCUACCUCACAAGGUUGUUUUAGUGAGAAAAUGGGGAUGAGGCUAUGGGUGCUGUCCUGAGAUUCUUAGUGGAAGGACAAGGUAUCUGAAGAAGUGUGAAGGCACACAAAGGCUUAUACCAAGAACAAACUUAGUUGGUCUCUAAGGUGUCACUGGACAAUUAUUAUUAUUUUUAAUAUAUAUUUCGACUGUGUCAGACCAACACGGCUACGUACCUGAAGGUUUUAAAAUGUGAUAUAUACAGCUUCACAUCUUUUGGUAGCUAAGUUAAGGGAUCUGUGGGCAAUGGCAGACUGGGGGGUUUCAAAUUUCAGCACCAUAAUUUCAUUCUACAUCAUAGUUGUGGUGCCCCCGAAGCUCUGCACCCAGUGGAACUGAACCACUCAGGCACCCCUAAAUCCACCUCUGUCUGCGGGGCAGAUGUUACCUAUUAAUAAAAGGUCAAUUGCUUGCUUUCGAACUGCCUUCACAGAAGGAAAUCCUGGAAGCAUUAGACCAUCCUUAGAAAUAGCGUAUAUUUUAUAAAGUCACAGAUCUGAGGGGGAAAUGCCCAAACUUGCCAUGGCCCUAUUAGUUCUGUGCCAAAGCAUUUCCUUCCACAUAUAGCGGAAUAAUUGCCGGAUGGUUCAGAAAGCAAGAUUGGUGAGUUUGUAUUAUUACAGAGUGUGGGGUUCCCCGCCCCUCUAAUCCAACUGAAGUUAGGGAUUUUAAAGACCCACUGAUUUCAGUGGAGGUUAUUUUAAAAGACACGCUUAAUCUUUCCAUUGAAAUAAACUGUACUUCUUACAGUUGGGCAGAUCCACACCACACAUUUGAACUAACGUGACAUCGUGUCUGUAUACAUACCCAAUCCUUUCCGCCAUUUUCAGCAAUGCAACCUGGUAGUUUCACGAACCUACAGCAGUGUAAAGUGAAGUUCUAUGAGAAAGACUAGGUGAAUCUCUUAACAUGUUCCUCAGCACCCAUGCCAGAUUACAGUUUCCAGGAAUUUGGGGAGGGGGGAGCUGCAACAGUUAAGCUUGUUUAAAACUGUCACAACAUGGUAGUGCGUAGGCAAUGUUCUGUGACAUCAUUCUCUAUGACUGAAUAAAACUAAGGCUGCGAUCCUAUGCACGCUUAAUAGGGCAUAUUUAUCUGAAUAAAUAUGCUUAUGAUCACAUGGCAGAACGUCCUCCACUCAUAUUAAGUGGAGUUCAAAACAUGUGUUGUCUCCCUAAAUUCUAACUACAAAACAACAAAACUGACUUUUAAUGUCUACUUUGAAGGACGCUCUCAACUGUAAUUUUACAAAAAUUAGCUUGUACAAUAGCGCUCAUGAAAUUCAUUUCCAGUGGAGUGAUGAUAUGUCCUUCUGAAAAGAUUUUCGACACCCUCACCUGCAAUUUCAUGUUCUUGGUACUUUUACGUCUUGCACAGCAUUAUUUAAAUCUGUUUGUAGUAACAAAGUUUUUUUAUCCUGUGAAUAGAAUAUUCGUGUUUACAUUACCUCCGCUCCCAUUUGUAAAAUGUUGUUCUGCUAAACAGCAACGUAGCCGAAGUUCUGUAGCUAGUUGAUGUGUUACUAUUACCUUUGUAAAUAAAUGUCCUUUUCCUUGCUUUGUAA